AUGUUUAGAAGAAACGAUAAUCGUUAUCAAUACCGUGUACCGGAAAAACCAAUGGAUUCGAGUGCAUUAGCCGCUGCUAGUGCUUUAGGAAGAGCAUUACAUCCAGAUGGGAAAACAGUAGACCAUUCAAAAUUACCUAUAUAUAACCAACCUUCAAGGUCGGCAUCGGCAAGGAAUCUUAAUAGACCGAAAAGUACAGUCGUAGUUACACCUCAAUCAUCAAAACGUUACUCUACUAGUAAUAAUAAUUCUAUCACCACAUCUACACAAAGACAUUCCUCUUUGACAAAUACCACAUUAAAUAACGGUAGGACGAAAACGAUAACUCAAUCAAGAACAAAUUCUGUCCAUGCGGAGAGUAAACCACAAUCAAGGACGAGAUCUAUCACGAGGACAGCACAACGUCAACAACAAUCGCCACAGAUUAAGAAAUCAACGUCGGCAAGCAAUUUGAGAGAUUAUCAUCGGUCAUCGAGUUUACCUACUAAGAUGAAUGGAUCUGAUAUUACUAAGAAGCAACAACAUGACGCUAAUACAGCUUUUGCAGAUUUCGGUGAUCCACAAUUUGUUGAUGCCCUGGAUACAAUACCUUCACAUCCUAUAAAGAUUAGAACAGUAAAAAAAUAUAUUCCAGGUCCAAAUGGUCUAAUUUCUAUUGAAGUACCCGUAAAUGAACCUACAGUAUACGAACAUCAUAAUAUGAUACCCAAAAAGUCCUCUAGAUCAUCCUUGAAGAUGUCACAAAGUGUUCAUACUGAUUUAAACACGAAUAAUAUCAAGAACUCUUCUUCAAUUCAUUCCAAACCAAAGUCCAAGAUAAAGCGAUCCUCAAGUAUGCAUUACUCUUUAAAGACUGACCAAGAUCAUGGAUUGCAUUCCAUGAUUGAGUUAGAUACAGGGGCUACGCAUAAAGUACGUCGCCAUGAACAUAAAUCUAACGAUAAAUUGGCAGCACAUUCGAAAAGAGCAGCAUCAUUAACUAAUAGAACCAAAAAUCCAAGGCAUACAAAUAUUAUCGAAACUUCGAUGCCUGAAGAAAACGAAACUACUCCACCUGUUGUAACAUCUAUAAAUGAGAAGCCGAAGUCAACUAGUAGGUAUAAUUCUCUUGGUAAGGCUAAUUCUAAGGGUUUAGCCAAGAAACAUAAUGUACAAUCAUAUCAGGAGAAAGCAUGCACAACAGUUUCUAAAGAAAAACAACAGAUUCUUUCUGAUACUUCUAAGAUAUCAAAACAAAAGAAGCAAUCUGAUUUUUCUAAUGAUUUUUCUGAUUUUGCGGACAAUAGUCUAAUUACAAACUAUGAUAUGGUUAGACCUAUUGUUUUAGAGGACGAUGACAUUUCUGUUAUUAAGAAUGAUUUUCAAGAUAAAACUAUUUCAGCGGCUGAAAAGGAGGAAGUUGCAGAUAAUUUAUUGAUAUCCCAAGAUGAAUCUUAUAUUAAAGAUAGUGAAGAAAUUAUUAGCGAUCAUGAGGUAGAUAAUGCGGAACCAACUACAUUGGAACAUGUUCUGGAAGAUAAGCAAGAAUCGGAAGCUGUUAAAAAGAACGAGGCCAGUGUUUCGGAUGGUGAAGAUAAUACCCAAAGUAAAGAACAGAUAAACAACAAGGAUUUAAAUGUGCUUGAAAAUAACGACCAUACGAAUGACGAAACUGUUGUUGAUGAUAUCAACAUCGCAAAUGAAUCGAACAAGAUAUCUUCGACAGGUACACUCACUGAAAAUGUGUCUGAGCCAACUGUUACAAUCAACGAACCACUCUCUAACAUACAAAAGGAUGAGAAGUACGAGAUAUCACAGAGUAUUAAAGAUAUAGAUACAGCUGUCAAGAUUGGAUCAGGCGAGAUUAUAGAAAGUACAAGUGAUAUGGAGGUUGACGUCAGAGAUAAGGAUGAGAAGCCUAAAGAUGAUGAGAUAGAAUUAGGAGAUCACCAGACUACCUCUGAAAAAACAGGAGAUAUCACCAAGGAACACAUCGUAGAGCUGCCUGAUAUUGAUCAAAAUAAAAGAAGCUCAAUUGUACCUGAAACGCCAACUAGCCUAUCGAUGAACGACUUCCACACCCCUACAUUAACAACCCCUAGUGAGGUGACAACACCACCAUCUGAUACUUCUGCCUAUGAAAGUACGGAAGAUGAUAUAAAUUUAAGAAAUUCUGUUGAAGAUAUUAUUGAAUCCAUGGAUACGAUUGACGUGGAAUUGGGAGAUAAUUUAGAUGUAUCAUUGGAUGCAAAUAAACAUCUGUCACGAAAGACAGCGAACAAUGUAUCAGAUAAUAUCAAUAAUUCUGAAUCAUCCACGAUAUUGAAGAAAGAGGAAAAGUCACAUGCUACUUAUAUAACUAACAUUACAGAAAAUAAGACAAAAGAGCCAAAAGAGGUCAAAACUAAUAAACAUCCUGAACGAAAGCCUACUGCUGAGAAGGCAUCUCCCAAAAAAAAUGAGACCAAAAAUCUUGCGCAUCAUCUUCGUUCAGCCAAUCCCUACUUAACUAUUCCACCCAAGAGUUCCAAAAGAUUAGAAGAUAAAUUGAAAAAUGAUAAAAGGAAGGAAAUAAAUGAUAAAAGGCAAUCCAUAUUAUCAAAAAAAGAAGGAAGUAGUCAUACUAGCUCUAACCUUGAAUCCAUCUCAAGAGAUACUUUAGAGGUUCCGAAACCCAAGUUGACCAAGACUGUAACUCCUAUAAAAUCUGCUUUAAAGAAUAAUCCGAAUGCCAGAAGUAAUAGCUCCUCCGUUUAUUCUGAUUAUUCACCAGCAGAGGGUGCAUACUUAUCCUUAACGACUGCAGAAAAUACAAGAUUGAAUGCCAAUAUUCCUGAAACAUUCACUCCCCCAAAGAGACAAAAUACUUCUAAAAGAUAUACAAGGCCUCGAUCUAUGGUCGCGAGAGUCAAUCAGAGAUCAUCUUCACCUACCCCAAAGGAAAAAACAAGAUUAAAUCGUAAUUCCACUAUAGAGAGACAUUCGAGCCAAAUAAGAAAUUCGCAGAUGAACGCGUAUAGUAAUGAGCACAUUACUAAGAGCACAUUAUCCACUUCUCAGUCUGUUAAGGCUGCAUCCUUGGCUAUUAAUCCAUCUAAUAAAAUUCAACAUCCGAUGAAAGAAAAUGACAAGAAUUCAAAAGCUGGAACAACAGUAAAAAAUAGAAAAGAAACUAAUGGGGUAACCUCGAAUGAAGAUCCUACUAUAAGAAAAGUAACAAGAAACAAUAGAACGUCUAAAAUAGCAACAACAAGUGCUGCGGCAAAUAAUAGAAUAGACCCUACUAUGGUUGGUGUAUUGUACCCACGAGAACCGCCACAAAAGAAAUCAAGUUUUGAGAAAUUAAGAACAAAUGAUGCUCAUCUUGGUUUUAAGAAAAUGUCUUUGAGGGAUGAAUCAAUAAUGAAAGAUAAUCAACAAGAGAAUAAUAAAGGUGAACUGCUCCAGGAUGGUGAAGUAGAGGAAGAUAAUAUUGUUUCAAAUUUAUUAAAGAGUGGUGGAUGGACUUCUAGAUUCCAAGAUUCUGAUGAUGAUGACGAUUUUUCAGAGAAAUUAUCAGGCUCAAAGGGAUCUUCUAAAUUAUCAUCUCCAUCAAAAGAAACUAAGACAAGAUUAACAAAUGGGUUUUCUAUGUUUAAGGGCAAGCAAACGUCGGAUAAUACAGAACAAAACCAUCAUUCAAAUUAUCAUGUACAUCCACCUCAUUCAAUUAAUAUGCAAAGAUCAGUUUCCACACCAAAUAAUCCAAUGAAUAAUGAUCAAUACAAAAGUAAAAAUGGGUCUUUGCAGCCUGUUGAUCCAAGCUGUGCUAAUUCUGUUCAAUAUUACCCAAAUCAGACACAACAACGUAAUGUCAAUAAUGAUAGAAGAGUAUAUUCUAGUAAUGUACAAAAUAGUAACAUUGGGAGAAUGUCUGAAAGGACAUUGACUAAAGUCGAUAACGGUGAUGAUUCAAACAAGAAACAAGGUAGAUUUGGUAAGAAAUUGAAGAAAAUAUUUGGGCGUAAAAAAAAUGAUAUAUAG